GUUAACGACAAGCCUGUUGCCACUUGUUUUCAACAGCAUUGCUGCAAGCUGCGCUCAUCAACUUGCUGCUGGCCCGCGGUCAUCCAGUUGCGACAGACAGGUAGCAUCAGGUCUGUCGCGGCUUGACGUAUUCAUCAGGGCUGACGCAACUUGUCAUCAGCUUGCGGCGGCCAGGUAAAUUCCGCAACUUGCAGCAAGUCUGUGAGAUUUCUGGCCGUGUAGUGUGCUGUUCCACCAUCAGUUCUAAAUGAAACCGCCUAAAUUCUUCUUCGUCUUUUACCCAGCUCUAGUCCCAGACUGACCCGGGAUCGGCUGGUCUAAUUCUGCUCCUCCAUCUUUUUAUCCCUAUAAAUCAGUCUUUUCUUCAGUCAGUUCCUUAAAAUUUAAAAUAAUCUUUUACAUAGUCCAUCCACCCCUUCUUCUCCCGUCGUCUGUUCCCUGUAGUCUCCAGCUGCAUAACGUCUCUAAAAGCCUGUUGAUAUGAGCUCAGGUAACCGGGAAACUCACCUGAGUGAAAUACGCAUGACCUUUGUUAACGCAUAUAAUAUUCAUUUUGGUGUUCAUCUGAGAAACGAGCCAUGCAGCCCGGCUAGAUGAGAUCUCACCUUGCGCUAGGGGGAACUCAAUCAGGUGGGAUAAAAUUUUCCAAAUGAAAAUACAAACAAACAAAACAUUUAUAGACCUAAAUAGACACUAUUAAGUCGCAAUACAAGGUGCAAUUUGUUUAAUAUGUUACAUAAUGUUUACAUAAUUUCGUUCCACACCUUCUGAUCUCUUCAUUCUGUGAAAUGCGAAUCAUUAUUUUUCAUUGGAGAUAUACUUAUUAUAAAUAUAGGCUUCUACCUCUUUUCUUGCUUUUAGACCAAGGGUGCUGACAGAAAACAUAAAACAGAAUUAUCAAAACUUGAACAAUUAUCAAAAGAGGAAAUGGUAAGUUUAGGAACAAAAUUUGUGUUAUGCAUAUUAAGAUACUAAGGAUUAUAUUCUAAACACACCAUUUACACAAAACUGUGUUUACAACAACAAGCCUUGCAUAAACAUUUGUAGUUAUUUAAUUACUCAAUUCCCAGGCCCACGCUGCACUGAUAUAUGAACAUCCCGCCAACAAUUGUUUUUCAUUAAUCCGGUUUAUGUAGGACAUUUCUGUAUUCAAUCUGUAUCAAUACUAAGCAAUUAAUAGAGUCAGCAAUAACUGAUUGAUCAUAGGAUUUUUGCACACCAUGUACACAAACUCUACUGUAGGUAAUCAGUGGUUGUCGAAACGGUAAAUUUUACUGAUUACCACCUGAUAAGGAGAACCCUGCCGAAGACAAUGUACAUGUGCGCGCGGAUGAGGAAAAACUCAAUUUUACUGCUUUUGACGUAACCAGCUAAAGGAACAGCUGACUUUAGGUGCUUCUUCACAGCAGUCUGGUUUGUGCUGAAUUUCCCUGCCACAUCCACCGAAUGCGCUAAACACCUACGGAAGGCAUUGUUCAGGCUCUGGUUUCGAUAUGUCGUGGCGUGCGGGUUGAAGACCUCAACAUCAAAGAAUGCCUUUUCACAUCUGCCAUGCAGAAACCUCUUGCUGUAACCGACGGCAUUGUUUGUGAAAUUUCGCCAGAUAAUGGUGCAAGGGCUGGUUUCGUUGAAAUAUAAGCAACUUCAUCAAUGACAGCUGCUAUAAUACAUCUCAAACCUCGUGGUGUAACUGGUAGAUACUGUAAACUUGAAACAGGAUCGGUACAUGUAUGUUCAACUAAAAUAAUUUACCACAGGCACAGUAUGUCGGUAACCGUUUCAACUGCCGACGAUACUGGAGACAGAUUGCAUCGAAAAACUCCCGCUUGUUGAAGACAUACCAUUCUUUACUGAGAGGCAAAGCUGUCUACCUGAUUGACGAACCCUUUAGAUGUGCGAUAUUGUUUGCACGAAGCUGUUCAUGUCAUUCUUGAUCUUAAAACCUCAAGUUGACUGUUUUGCUCGAUUCUCGCUCAUUUGUAAGACGUUGGCGUGCUUGGGCUGUCUCCAUAUGCUCAUCAAAUUCUCCGCUAUUCUGGUGAAUAAUCGUCUCAGUAAGAUCCUGACACACUAGUUUUUGAAUUUCCUUUCUCAGGCGCGCAAAUAUCGGUAAAAAUGUGAAUGCCAAGAUCUCCUAAGUGUGCGGGGUAGUACGAGUAGCUCACAAUCGUCAAGGGAUGGAUAGAGAAUUUUUUUACAUUUCAACUCAGAGUUCGCUUUAGUUUAGGGUUAAUGUUAGGCCCAUAUGAUUGUGGUUAGAGUAAGGUUUAGAGGAUUGCUACAAGUGCAUGGUUGCUGACCCUUGGCAGGAAGGAACUGGGUAUCGAUGAUUUCGUCGAUUGGUUGUAGCUCGUGUUGAAUACCAGGAAUUGUACGAAUACGUAAAACGGUGUCGGAAACCGGCCACUGUAUAGGCUGCUUGAGGUUCGUACUUAGCUACCUGUAUAUCGCUCAGUACACGGAGUGGACCAUACCAUUUAUCCACAAAACUCAAAAGAAUGAACAUACUCCUCUUACCAUGGUCAGAACCGAUGUAACCAGCGAGAUACUUGCGCCAGUCAGAGGAUAUUUGCACAUCGUCUUUGCAGAGAAGGUUUCUAUGGCUACUUCGAGAAGGCGGUUAACUAUCAGCCAAGCCCAAGACUUGUCAGUUAUUCAAACACAAAAUUUGUUAUUAAAUAACUGGAAGAGUUUAUCAAUUAGAAUCGGAAUUUUGCCUUUUUAUUACUCUAAUUUUUAGGCAAUCGUUUCUUGUUUUGAGUAAUUAGGAUCCAGAAUGGCGCGGGAGUUAGAAAUUUAUUGCAAUACACUGCUUUUAAGGCCCAUUUCCACUCAGGAAAGUUUUCCGCAGAAAGAAAAUUUUGUAAAAUGUGAUUGGCCGACACAAAUUUUCCGUUGGUAGAAGAAUUUGAAGUUGAAAUUUUUCAACUUUUAACAAUGACAUUUUCGGAAAACUUUCUGUCCGUGGAAAUUUUUUUUUUGAGUGGAAAUGGGCCUUUAAAAUUUGUGACUUUGUUUCAGGGACAAUAUCAACCUCCCUCUGAAGUGACAAUUCUUACAGAGGUAAGUUGAAAACAGUGUAACGAUUAUAUUUAAACUGUGAACUUACUCUGAAUUCUCGAGCAAAUACGUACUUCUUGGACUAUUUUUGGCAGGGUUUCGGGGUGUUCCUACUCAAUGCCGUAGACCUCCAGCAAAACAUGUUUCGUGAGUGUAUACACUGUAGGAUAGGGUGUAGUCCGGGCAGGAUUCCUUUCAGAUAUUUCUGGGUUGUUUAUUUGUUUAUCUUUUUUUUUUGGGCGGGGGGAGGUCCGCCCUGUUAGGAUUCCUGGAUGUUUCGGGUGGGUUCCGGGUUUUACAAAGUACAAAUACCCCAUUUUUUCAAGCAAUCGUGGUGAUGUCUUAUAUUUUCGAAAUUUUCUUUAAUUUUGAAAUAUUUUUCCAGAAUCUUGUGGAAUGUUCGGAAGAAAGCUUUUGGUCAUCCCCAACGUAAGUACAACUAGUAUUACAUGUAUGUGUAAUACAUGAAAUUAAUAUAAUAGUAAUCAACAUAAUACAUCAUAAAUCAUAAUACAUCAAUAUGAUUACAUCUGGAAACUAAACAAGGUUCAUACCGGAUAGCAAUACAAGAUUUAAAUUGUUCUCGUCACGUAGUUGACCAGUGUUUCUACUGUUGAGAAAACAAGAGAGUUGUGAAUGUUUUGAGAAGCAAUAUGAUGAGAAUCCAAAUUGCCUCCCCCCAAUAUUUAAUAGAUUUUGCGAAGUGUCCGCCAUGCAAUGAUACUAGUCUCGUUAUCUUUAUUAAUCUUACUAUCCAUGGAUUCAAAUCCUGUCAUUUUUUGUUUAGGAGUUCAUAUUCGAAUUCUCUCAACUCAUCUAUUCAAUCUCCACAAAGCUAUUAUUCUCCCGUUUCAUCCACGCCAUUAACGCUAUCUGUGCCGGAGGUACUGUAAAUAAUUUCUUUGCCUUAAUUAAAGGCCUACGUUGUCGUAAGUGAUUUGUGUGCUUGAUUUACACAGUACAACUUAAAUACACCCUUUCGAUAAUUACGUCACAACUACACUGUCUUCAACUUAGGUCCACCUUAUAUGAUGGAAAGGAUUUCAAGUUUUUUUCUCAUGGGCUAUGCACAGAGAAGCAGAACAUCCUUCUUCAACACAUGCAUGAAAAAAAUUCUUUAUUUUGACCAAUAAAUGUGGAAAUAAGCUUUAACACGAAAACGAGGCUCCAGGUCAUGACCACAUUUAUUGAUCAAAAUGAGGUACUGUAAAUAAUUUCUUUUCAUGCAUGUGCUGAAGAAGGAUGUUCUGCUUCUCUGUGCAUAGCCCAUGAGAAAAAAACUUGAAAUCCUUUCCAUUUAAGAUGGUCCUAAGUUGAAAACAGUGUAUUGGUGACGUAAUUAUCGAAAGGGUGUAUUGUAAGCAAGAAAUGUGUAGUGUAAAUCGACCUUAAUUAAAGGCCCGCGUUGAAACGUAUCCAACACUGUAGGCCGAAUAUGAUGCAACGGUGUUGUAAGUAUAGAAUAGACAAUGAUCAUGUAUGUUCAGUGUGGUAUAGACUCCCGAGUAUUGGUUACACACGCAAAAAUCUCACAUCUUGCAGCAAGUCUGUUAACAAGCCAUCAACAAGUUGUGUUCGCACUGCUUGUCCCAAGUUGUCAAUGCUUCUUUGCUGCAAGCUUGUUACAAAUUGUUAACGGCUUGUUCCGAACUUGUUCCGACAACUAGGAACAAGCAGUGCGAACACAACUUGUCAACAGCUUAUGAACAGAUGCAACACUUGUAAAGAUUAAACACUUCUAAAGAAAUUUUACGAUAACCUAAUUUCAGCGGUAAUUUUCAUACGCCAGUGUUACAAUAUCGGUAUACCUGGAUAGGGAUUUUUUCAAGCAUUCUUAAAAUUGCCUGUUUAUUAGUGCAAGCGACAUUAAGCUUUAGUAUUUAUAAAUCAAGUCUUCGUUUUAUUAAUUGCGAACUCCAUAUUUGUAGUUUUAUAGCUUUACAACGUGGUUGGUUAGCGUUAUCCGUAUGUACAAUCGGCUCCUGGUCUAACAAAGGACUGUAGGGAGAGGGCUAAAACCUUAAAUUGACCCGUGUACAUUGUAUAAUCCAGUUGUAACAAAGUUUAAAAACGGUGAUUGUCUGCAGGGUAUAAAUAAGUACUCAUCAAGUACUGUAUUAGGACUAAGCUCAGUGGUUCUUUGUAUAGAGAAUUACCAAAGACUCUACAGUAGACGAAACGAGAGCAUGGCUGGCAGAUAAUCGAUUCCACGCCAUUUUACCACAGUUAAAUAACUAUACAGGUUUGUUAUUCCAUUUUUUAGAACUAUAUAUAUACACAUGCACCCAUGAGUUAUUUGCUUUGUUAAUGAUACUAAACUUGUGUUUGUAUAUUCAUAGUUAUAUUCUAUUUUAAUAUGUUCCUUUCUUAUUAGGCGCUGAUGUUCUACGAUUAAGUAAAAAAGAUAAGAUAUUAAUUGCUGGGAAUGCAGAAGGCAUUCGAUUACAUAAUUUAAUUCAAACGAGGUAAUGUUUGCAUUAAGGUUUCGUUUUUAGCAAGCAUGUUUGCAACAUUCACAUGAAGACAAUCUACCUAAUUUGUUCAUUUUAAAACAUCAUGAUGGUUUUCGACAACUUUUGUCUUUUUAAAAUAUGAAUAUGACAGGGUUCGUACAACCAAAACCUUGAAAAGUCCUUGAUAUGAAAUACAGCAUCUCAGUCGUAGUGUAAUUCUGUGUUUCUAGGGCAGCCAAACCAGUUUUAACGAUGUACGUAUGCGUGGAGUCAAUGCAUGACUCAUCAACAAUGAAAGAAUAUCAAGCCGUUUAUUUAGAAACUUUGACUUUAAAAGCUCUCAAAGAAAAACUAGCUCAAAAAUGUAAUCUACAGAGUAAUCAAAUAUCUGCAGUUUUCAGGUGAGAUUGAAUAUACUUUUUUGUUUGAGGGGAAUUUUGCCCCGGGGCCCGGGAGCUAGCUCAAAAGGGCCGCCAAAGCUACGAAGACCCUUGAUGCAAGAUUUUUUAACCGAGAAUAUAAAUCCUCAGUGCUGGAUAUGCAAUAAAGCACAAUAUAUUGUAAGACACCAUUUCUCGGCAAUCUCUCGG